GCGGCGGAACGUUGGGCGUUCUGCUCACUGAAAGGGCCGUCGGCAGCCGCUGCUUCUGCUGGCGUCGCCGCAGCAGAGCGGCCAUUAUCCUGCAGGAGGCUGCGACCUGGUCCCUGGGCCGUGCAAUUAACAUGGCUGCGGAGCAAGCGAAAGCCGAAGGGCCAGCAGCGCCAGAAAUUCUACAAAAACUCGGUGCCAAAGUGUUCAAAUACGGGGAUGCGUCUUCCCAGCAUAUAUUGGUUGCCCAUCUUGCAGAACCCAAGUCAGUUGGAUUUAAGGCUGCCCUCCGAGCAGGACGCACGAACUACGUCGGAGCAUCUGCCGGAGCUCCCCCUCCCCUCGUCCUCCUCCGGCCAUUACUCAGCAGUCUUAGCAGGGCUUAGUGCUGAAUCACCGGCCGCCUCGUUACCGAUAUACCAAUUUACCCAUUACCCGUUUGCCGAUUUGGAGCAGGAACGAGAGGGCUUAAGAAGUGGCGCCCAACGCUGGGCCCUGCUUCUUCCACUGGCGACGGCGAUCCAGGCCGCGCACCCAUUUUAUCGACGCGAAGAAAGUGCCGUAAUCCGCGGGCAAUCAAUUAGAUACAAGCGCACUAAGCACUCCCGAAGACAUCGCUGUAUCUUAUCUUAUCGCCGCUUCUUCCGAUAAGGUCGGGCCUUACUUUCCGCACUCUGCUUUUUCGGACUACUGCCUAAUCUCGGGGCCCUCGGUGAGGUCUUGGCUUCAGUUGGUUUCCAGAGGCGAGGGCGAAGACAACACGGAGCUGGCACCGCGGCGGCAAGGCUUCCGUGACUCUCCGGACACGGACACGGACGCGGUCUCGGAGACGGAGACCUCGCGAAUGCCUCCAUUUAAUUGGCAGGGCCCCGCGAGCUUUGUAAUCACAUUUAUGGGUCAUCCAUAAUUUCGAAAGGAAUAAAGCAAGCGCUUGUAUAGUCGCGGGCAUCGCCGCAUCACGUGUGGCACGAUAAAUAUAAUUUGCCGAGGCGCAUGUAAUUGCCGCUCCGCCUAAAUUACCCCGCCCUGUA